AUGUCCAGUAGUGCUCCCUCUAACAUCGGGGUAACGGAUGGUGCCCUCUUGAUGGGGACUUUCAUCGCCUCCGUUGCUUUUGGGAUCACCCUCAUGCAGACAUACAUAUACUUCGCCGCGUUCCCAAACGAUCCCAGGCUCAUUCAUGCGACAGUCUGGGUACUGCUUAUAUUCGAUACCGGUCAUAUAACACUCGCGUGGCACAUGAUGUAUCACUGGCUGAUCCUUAACUUCAACAACCCAGACGCUCUGGGAAUUGUCGUUUGGAGUCUCAACAUAACGGUCAUCCUAACAGGCCUCAUCACUCUGAUCGUACAAGGCUUCUAUGCACGCCGGGUCUUCAUCUUGAGCAACCGCAACUGGUUCCUUACCAUCACCAUCAUCAUUCUUGCUAUCGUGAGAUUGGUGGUCGGCAUCGUGAACGCAGUAAAAUUCUUCGAACUCAAGUACAUCGACCUCUUUCCGAAAGUAUGCGGGCCGAUCGUCGGGCUGUCGUUGGGCGCGGGCACAGCUGCGGACGUGCUCAUCACGGCCUCGCUCGUGUACUUACUGCGCGGCCACAAGACAGGAUUCAACUCCACGGACACGGUCGUCGACCGCAUCGUCUUUUAUACCGUCAAUACUGGCCUGUUGACGAGUGUCGUGGGAAUUGUCGUCAUCAUCACGUUUGUUUCCAUCACGCACGACAUGAUCUAUUUUUCUAUCUACCUCACCUUGAGCAAGCUGUACAUCAACGCGCUCCUCGCGACGCUCAACGCGCGACGUGCGACUCGCGGCUGCGGUAUUGAGGAUACGACGCUGUCGAUGUCCCUCGCUGCACGCGUGGGGGGCACGCACCAGAGCGAGGAGUUCUCGAUGAACACGGCCCUCGGGGGAAAGAAUGACACGAUCACACCUGUUGUGCACGUCGUGACGACUACAAUGACGGACAGCCGGUACCCGCCAGAGGACAACAAGAUCGAGGGCUGCACCUUCGCCGAAACCCAGUCCAGCGUCUACAACCCUGAGGUCUAG